AUGUCAAACAAGCCUUUUGUGGCUUUCAGCCAUUCACUAGAUCACCUUGAUCUUAUUGGUGCUCCGAUUCUAGUAGACAAGCAUGACUUCAUCGGUGUUCACCAUGCCGCUCGAACACUCACCGAGGAUUUUGGUCGGGUGACAAAGGGCGAUGCCAGUCCUUUCGAAACAGUAACAAAUGAUCAAUCAAUAUUUUCCAUCGAUUUGCCUCAAAAGAGCGCCAUUAUCAUUGGAUGUAUCGACUCUUGCUGGAUGCUCAACCAUCUAGAGCGAUCAGAAAAGAUUGACACUCGCUCUAUUCGAGGAAAAUGGGAGUCAUUCCUCACUGCUGUUGUGAAAAAUCCUUUUGAGGGAUGUGAAAAUGCAUUAAUUAUUGCUGGCAGUGAUAAAAGAGGUGCUAUCUUCGGCGCUUACACGCUCUCUAGUCAAAUAGGCGUUUCUCCAUGGUAUUGGUGGGCGGAUGUCCCAGCCAAAUAUCACCCCAAAGUCUACGCCCUACCUAUAACGACCACCCACGGCGAGCCAAGCAUUCAAUACCGUGGCAUCUUCAUCAACGACGAGGCGCCCGCACUCACAGGAUGGGUACUAGAGAAGUUUGGCGGAUACAACAGUCAGUUCUAUACAAAGGUGUAUGAACUUUUGUUGCGUCUGAAGGCAAAUUUCAUGUGGCCAGCGAUGUGGCCCGGAUAUCCCAACCCGGGAGCAGUUUUUUUUACAGAUGAUCCCGAGAACCAGCGGAUCGCCGACGAGUACGGGAUUUGCAUCUCAACCUCGCACCACGAACCUAUGCAACGCGCGACGACGGAGUGGUUUGAAGAAGGACACGAGGAUGGUACCUGGGACUGGACAACACAUCGUGACGCGAUAAUCGACUUCUUUCGUGACGGUGUGGUUCGAGCAAAAGGUCUCGAGUCGUACUUCACGUUGGGUAUUCGUGGUGAAUAUGAUCGUCAGAUGGCAACUGAUGAUCCUGGCAAAGUUGUGCGUGACGUGCUUAAGCAGCAGAGAGCACUGUUCAAGGAAGUUCUUGGACGUGAAGAUGCUGUUCCACAGGUCAUGGCCUUGUACAAGGAGAUACAGGAUCUCUACCAGGCUGGAGAAUUUACAGUGCCUGAUGAUGUGACAUUGUUGUUUGCAGAUGACAACUUCGGUUCUUUGCGGCGCCUGCCUUCUGGGUCUGAGAUGAAUCGAAAGGGAGGCGCUGGAAUUUACUACCAUUUUGAAUAUGUUGGGGCUCCUCGGAGCUACAAGUGGAUCAAUUCCAACUCAUUGGGCAAGAUAUAUCAUCAGCUCUUCAUGGCACACUGUCGCAAUGCUCGCAAGAUCUGGGUCUUUAAUAUCGGAGAUAUCAAGCCGAUCGAGGUCCCAUUGACUUUUGCAAUGCAGCUAGCAUGGGAUAUUAACUCCAUAACUGCAGACAAUAUCCCUGACUUCUUGAAGGACAUUGCAUCCAGCUAUUUCAGUGAUGACUUGAGAACAGAUACGAGCGCCAUUUGGCAUGAGUAUGAUCGUCUGGUCCGCAUUCGCAAACACGAGCACAUUGACCCUGAUAGCUUUUCAUUGCUUCACCAUAAUGAAGCAGAUGAGAUUGUAGCCCGAUGGCAGGCAUUGGAUUCCGCUGUCGAUGUUCUUUACAGUCGAGUCCCCACUGACCAGAAAGUCGCAUUUUGGGAGCUCGUUGUACACCCAGUGAAAGCCAGCACAGUAUUCACACGUCUUCGAGUCGCCCAAGGUCGGAACCAGCUCUAUGCACGUCAACGACGCAACACAGCCAACAGACUGUUGCGUGAAAUUUUGGACUUGUUUGAUGCGGACUUCAAACUGUCGCAGGAGUUCCACUCCUUGGCUGGAGGUAAAUGGAAUCACAUGCUAUGUCAGCCACAUCUGGGCUACGGCGAUACAUGGCAUGCUCCAUCGAGGGAUGCGAUCUUUGGAUUAGCCUAUGUCCAGAGACAUCAGAAUAGCAAUUUGAUUGUUGGGCAAAUGGGGAUCGCCGUUGAAGGCCACGAAGGCAUUCGGGCAGGACGUAUCAAUGAGGAAAGUGAACGAACACAUCCAAGUCGACGCGACUUGAUUCCCGGCCUGACUCUCGGUCCCAUGAGUCGGUACGGCCCAACCAAGCGCUGGUUUGAUAUUUUCACCAGAGGGACACACGCUAUACAUUGGUGGACAUCAGUUCCAUAUUCAUGGAUGCAGCUUUCUGUCACGAAAGGCGUUCUAGACCCUGAUGGAGACGACGCUCGUGUUUGGAUCUCGGUAUUCUGGCACCAAAUUCCAGUCGACUUCAAUGAGGAAGUUCUGAUCACCAUCUCAUCGGAAGAAGGGGAUUUUGAGCACGUCCAUCUCCCCAUCCAUAGCCAGAGUGUCCCAGAUUCCUUCCAUGGCUUCGUUGAAGCAGAUGGCUGUGUUUCUGUCCCUGCAUAUGGAAUGGGUGUCAAACCUCCCUAUCGUCAUCACCCAGAGCUCGGUCGCGGAAGUGAAGGUGCCGUCACGCUCGGAAGUUCUGACGUCUUGAACGGGAACGAUACCCCAUUCCUGGAAUACCCUGUCUAUGUAUUCUCACAUUCCAAUACCUGCACCGUUCGUCUGUAUUUCAACAUGACUUUGGACAUUGAUCCAGCCCAACCAAUGUCCUACGACAUUGGGAUCAACGAUCAACUAGUCGAAUUUCACAAUCUUCUGGCAGACUCGGGGCCAAACAGAGACAAAUUUCCAACACUGGGCUGGCCAGAUGCUGUCAUGAACUGUGUUUGGGAAAGAACUCAUCCCAUCGAUGGCUUAGGUGCCGGUGCUCACACCAUCAAAGUCAGAUUGAACCACCCGAAUGUCAUCUUAGAAAAGAUUGUGUUGGACUUUGGUGAUGUCCAUGAAAGCUAUCUUGGGCCCCCUAAGAGUUUCUGUGUGUCGGAUUGA